AUGUCACUCCUUGAAGAUAAGUCCACUGACAAUAGUGAGCUUGAGACUGCCAGCCUUGAGUCUGUAGUAUCAUUUGAGUCUGACAGCGAAGAUGCAAAUUUCGAGAUUCUUGUUGGCCACGGUAUCUCAGACGAAAAAACUGCAAUUCAAGAUAACACUCGUAGUAUAUCCCAACCUGAUCUUGACACCAGUUUAGCUUUAGUGCCAGGGAAUGGCGGUGAUGCUGGUCUCUCAGCUUAUUUGAAUCAUGGGACAGGUGUCGGACUUGGUCUGUGGAAUCCCGCAUUGAGAAUAAGUGCAAAUCCUAUAGAUUUUGAGACAGAAUUAGACUCGAAAACCAAGUGCGGAAUCCUUGGAAAGGUUAUCCUGGUAACAAUUGCCACAGUGAGCAUCAUUUUGUGUGGGGUUCCUGUGGAAAAUGUUGUUUUUGAGGAGUUAGCUAUUGGUAGAGCACUAAACUCAUACUAUAAAGGAAGAUUUUUUAUUGUUUCUGAGCCUCCUCUCACCCUUUUGAUUUAUUAUGCAUUCCUCCGACUAACGUCUACCUACGAUGGUAAUUUUUCCUUUAGAGAAAUUGGGCAGGUAUAUGGCGAUUUCCCUUAUAUUCAUCUUCGAAUUCUUAGCAGAGUGCUGGGACUGCUUAGUGUAUAUCUGUCCUAUUUGACUCUGAAUACGUUCUCCCUCGACAAACAAUUUGUUUUUUUGGGGACCUUGGCCGUAUUACUUGAGAACUCAUUUAAUACUGAGAAUCAGUAUUUCUUGUCAAAACCUAUUAUGCAAUUCUUUGUGGUCUGCUCCUUUUACUUUUGGAAGAGAUCUUACAGUUACAGCUUAGACAGCUCAUUAUCUCGUCCUUGGUUUACAAACCUCUUCUUAAUGGCAGUUUCUUUAGGAGGAGCUGCAGCUUCUCGAAUUACUGGUACAGGCUCAUUAAUGUUUGUUCUUGUUACUAGCUGUUAUCGCCUUUGGUGGACAUUUUCGGACUCGAAAGCUAAUAUCAGAAGGGUUAUUACUGUGUACAGUGUUCAUUUCGCAGUGCUUAUAGUGGUCCCUCUGCUCAUAUUUAUAUCAUCGUGGAUGGUUCAUUUACAUCUUGUUCCAAAUAUUGGUCGAGGAGACUAUGAAAUGUCUGGGCGCUUUCAAUCCAGUUUGAUAGGUUCCAAUCAACACAUGGUCCCCUCAGAUAUAGCGUACGGUGGGUUUAUUACCUUGAGGAAUGUCAAGACUAGUGGAUACUUGCAUUCUCACGAUUUAUUUUAUCCCACAAAAUCGUUUCAACAACAGACAUCAUUGUAUCAGUUCAAAGACGUGAAUAAUAUUUGGCUAAUAGAACCGCCUGCCCCUAUUAUUCGAAACGACAGUGGAGUUGACCCGUGGCCCGUAUCAAAUGGAGACAUCGUAAGACUGCUACAUGUCCCUACUAACAAACGGCUACAUUCACACAAUGUGAAGUCACAUGUCCUUGAAAGAGACUGGUCAUACGAAGUGUCAGCUUAUGGCGCUGAUGGAUACCCGGGGGAUAUGAAUGAUCUCUGGGUGGUAGAAAUUGUAGAUCAGAACCGAGAUAAACAGAACAAAAUCGGCAAAUGGCAAGCUAUAGGCUCCGCAGUCAGAUUCAGACAUGUUGUUACUGGUUGUUACUUGUUCUCUCAUAGAACAAGGUUACCAUCCUGGGGGGAAGAUCAUUUUGAAGUCACAUGCACUACUAUGGGGAAGCCAGAGUAUACACUGUGGUCGGUAGAAACUAAUUUCCAUCCUGGUUUCAAUGAUUCAAGCAAUGUGGCUAUGGUGGGUUAUCACCCUAUGUCCUUAGGAGAAAAGUUCCUAGAAUACACUGAAGUUAUCGAUGAAUUGAGUAAGGCCUCUAGCUCGGAUGGUAGGGCCUUGGAGAGCGCCCUGAAGUGGUAUGAACUUCCCCUAAUGCCCGAGAGUGUGAAAUACCUCGUUUUAAAAGAGCUAGGAUUGCAAGUCAAUUUGUUCGGAAAUUUGGUGAACUGGUACAUGUCAGUUUUGUGUAUCACCGGUUAUGUCUUGUUCAAACUAUUGCUACUUAUAGGGCUCCGGCGAGAUUGGCUCGUCAUGAGACGCUCUUCCUACAAUGUCAGAGCAGAUCAUGAAGCUGGUCACUUGCUUACAGGCUGGCUUGUACACUUUGCCAAGAUAGGGUCAGAGUCUAGUUCAAAUAUUAACAUUUCAGAUUACCUUCCGGCGUUAUACUUCUCAAUACUUUUCAGUAUGGUAUCUGCUGAUUGGGUAUUCAAGGCCGUUCCUUGGAUUAAUACCAGGAAACUAAAGGCGAUAGUUGUGUUCAUAUGGGGACUUGGUAUAAUGUUUUCAUUUAUAACUUAUAUUCCCUUGAUAAAUGGGACUAAAUGGGAUAUGGAUACCUGUAUCAAAACGGAUUUCGGAGACUGGGCAUUUCAGUGUUUCAUAUAUUCAGAAGACUUCCAGCAGCAGUAUAGCAGACCAGAUAGUGUCAUUCGAAAGUUGUUUAACUCGAUAUCCGAGGAUUCUGAUGAUCAAUUGGAGCCUAUCGCCCAAGAGACAUUACUUGGGGAUCAGAUACAACGAGCAUUCCGUCCUCGGAUAGAUGUAAAAAAUCCGGAAGUCCGAAAUAUUGUCAUUGACUAUCUCCGAGAGAGAAAGCUAGGCAAUGAAAAAGCCUUUCUUCAGAUUUUUCCUGAACUUGUCGAAGAGAAUACUGAGCGUCUGCUUCCAACAUCUACGAAUGCAGAACUCGAAAGCAAUAUUCGAUUUCAAUGGUCAAGGGUGACUCGUCCACCUGUCAUUGACGAUUGA